AUGCAGGUCACAUGUUUACUUCUCUAUCUAUCUGCUAUACUCUUAUUUAGAAAUGCCGAUGUGGUAAUUGGUUGCGAUAGGUUGGAUAUAAAGAUCAGGCCGCCCAAUGAACAAAUGACUGCCGAGGAGAAAAUGGAGAUUGCCUUCCAAUUCCUUCACCACUACUGCGACGUAUAUCCUCCUCCCACAGAAAAGACUACAUUCAACGGAGGCCCAGAGUGUCCAAUUGACUACCUGAAAAGCAAAUACCACCGCAUAGAUAGGCUUGGCUGGGAUUCCCUGAGGUUGGUUGGUUGUCGUAUUACCAUUUACUGCACGCCUGGCAACCCGGGUUUUGAUGAAGAUCAGCUAUACCAACACUUACUCAAUCUUCCUACGAUCUACUGUAAUUUAUUGACGGUGGUGCAGUCACAAAAGCAGGACGAACCCGAUCUGCCGUUGUAUUUGGCCAUGUAUCUGUUAAACAAACAUAGCUAUUACAAUGCUUGUCUCAUUCUAAGUAAAAACAAUACUUUAGAUCUAGAUAAGCAAAAGACCCUCUGCCAAAAGGAGCACAUUAGCCAAGAGCUUGACAAGGCAAUGUGUUUGUAUAUCCCAGUAACCCUACAGGUCGUUAGCUCCCGUUUUGAGUAUGCUUUAAUUGUCUUGUCCUACCUGCGCUACCAGGUUCGGACUUUGUCUUUUGAAGACUGUGAGGGCAAUCUAAGCACUGAUCUAAAUCAGAUUACAUGGUGGCAGGAUUAUGAGCUGAAUUUCAUCAACUGUCACAUUAUAGCCAAAUUGACUCUGCCGAUCUAUGACUACUCUCUUGCUGAUAAUACUAAUCCACUACUAACCCGGCCUCAACCAAAAUGUCAUAAGUUAUUUAUCACUACAUGCAACACGUAUUUUACUGUUAUCAAUCUAGAGAAGUUCUUGCAGUUCAAUCCGCUCAGAGAUUUAGUCAUUGGGUGGAACCAGCUUAUUCCUUACCAAGAAGAUCUACUGACCGCUAAUGUUCAAAUAGGCCGUCUAACCAUUAACUCAGUGCCGCACCAGCCACAAAGCUGGAGCAUGUUCAACCCCAAAACCCAGGCCAAAAUAACAGUCCAGCAACUGAUAGUAAGAUGGAAUAGAAGUACGCCAUGUGGCCGUCAUUGGAGUGGUAUUACGAAGAAGGAGAUAAUGGAUUGGUUUGGCAUUAAUUGUCAGUGCGUAAAGUUCACUUACGUAACACCUCGGUUGGACUACACUAUGACUUUGGUGACUUUGACAGAGUUGGGGUUAGAGCUUCCCAAUACGAACAUUUGGGGUAAAUACCAGUGCCAAGGAAACGUUGUAUCCUCCGAGUCGCAAUCUCCAAACAGUAACAAGCCGAGUAUUGUUGCUCCGAUUUUGAAAAUGACGGUACCAUCGCUAACCCUCAACCUAGCCAAGCAUAUCAAAAAGAAGGACGUAAUACUAACCCAAUAUCGAAGAAAAACAAGAGUCCGCCAGUUUUGCCAGCAUUUGAGAUAUGAAUGCAUACACAUAGUUGGGUCUUCGGACAAUCCAUUUAACCUGCAGGAGAAAGUAUGCUUAGAUCUACUAGAGACAUUCGGUAAUCUCAAGGCAGAAAGUUUGUUUAUGAAUGAUGUUGUUGCCGCGCCAGUGCCUUCAUCUAAUCAGGCGGCUGAGGUAGAACAAAUUGCAACUCUGCCUAAGCUCAAAACCACUCUUAAGCACAUCAAGCUAACCGAUUGCUCCGAGAAUGUAAUGGCCUGGGUGCUAUCGCGCUACAGUUUUCGGAACUCGGCUUAUAUCGUGAUUAGUAUGAAUGUUGCGCCACCAACUUUGGCCUUCUUGUCCGUUUUAAGAGGCUCUAAGAUCCAACCCGACUGCGAGAUUCAGCUAUAUCUAGCGGCAGAUGUUUUCUCUCGGCCGGCCCACCUAGACACUAUUAUUGCGCACCAAGACAUUUUGAAGGAUGAUAAGGUUGUAGUUGUUUCAACUCACGAUCCAACUGGACAGUAUCCGGAUCUAAUCAAAACCAUUCUAGAAUACGGUAUUAAACUUCAUGUUAUGCCCUUCUGUCUCAUUAAAGAGUUGCUUAACCGUCCGCAAGUCCAAGAAGUCAACCUAAAUCCAUAUUUUACUCUCACGACUGUCGAUCUAGAGGUCCUGAGCCAGCACUAUGAAGAGAUAGUUGGACAAGAUACGAGCCAACAGAUCGGUCAAGUUGGCGCCUUGAAUCUAAGACUAGCCAGCCCAAUAACCAACAAUGCCCAACUCAUUACCAUAAUUAACUGGUUAGAUCGAGUGUUUCCCCAAGCCACCACGCUUUGUUUAUCCUAUACACCUCUAAACGUAAAGGAUUUAGCCGCUAUGAGCAAUCAUGUAAGCACGCAUAUGCCACCAACCCAGUCCCUACUAAAGAUUACGCUGCAGACGCCUGAAACGAUAUACAUUAUUUGGACCCACGAGAAGUACUUAAAUGCUAAUCCAACAUAG